UCUAGAUCUGUUUCUGCAUGUAAUGAACCCUUGACUAUGAGUUGGGCUUGUCCGUAGACUCUAAUGUUAGAGUCGAGGCCUAUCUCGGCUCGGGCCCAAAGAUGCGCCACCGCGCACAGAAAAAUCAUGUGGUAUGGACACCAGAAGUAAGAAUGAGAUCCCAUGCGCGACCCACUGACUUAGAUAUCCACUGCCAAAACGGUUCAUGGUACAGGGUAUAGGGCAAGUCCAAGAAAAGGUCACCCUAGAAGAUUCCCAUUCAGCCGUUGGACUGAACUGGUACUGUAACACAGUAUGGAUGGUCAAUAUGAAGCAAGCUUCAUCGAAUUCCUCCAAGAGCUCUGAACUCUGUUCUGAUCAUUUUGAAGAUGCUUGCUUUGACAGGACUGGGCAAACGAUUCGUCUAAGACAGGAUGCUGUCCCAACCACAUUUAAUUUGCCGCCUCGUCAUCAGAAGAAUGCACACAAACCAGGGAAACCCUCGAAAGAAAGUCAUUUAGAUUCAGCAAGCAACCUCCCAGAUACUGCAAAGACACCUGUACCAAAGUCUUCAGCACCUUCCCUGGGACUACUACUCAAUGCCAAAAAUCUAAGAGGGAUGGAGACCAGCAGCAUGGCAGCAGGAGCUAAUGUUGGUCGUGAUGAGGCAUAUACCACCAUCAACAAUGCUGCAAUUGCAGUCACCACCACCAAGUCUGCUUCUGUCACUGCCAUCACCAUUGCCACCGCCAUUACCAAGACCACUCCUGACACAAAGCCCCCAAGUCCUCAACUGACCAGAUAUUGCAGCUGGAGAAGGAUAUACCAGGAACUUCAAAGCCAGGGCUUGCCAGUCUCCUACAAUAAGAAAAAUGCCAUGGGCCCAUCUAAUGAACUAGUAGUAGAAUAUUUGGCCACAGUUGUAGAAAUGCAGAGACUAACAUACUGCCACAGGUGAGGUUUUGUCCACAGUUCCAGAAGGACACAAAAUAGUAUCAGAAAGUCAUGCCAGAAUCAACAACUGAAGGGUUUGAAGAGCCAGAUAAAGAGCCGAGAAAUGUGAUUUUAAAGGUACUUCAAUCACAUGCACAGUAGGAGCAAAAACAGCAGCAAACACACAGGAGAUGUAACACUACAUUGACCAACAGCAACAACUACAGCAGCAUCAACAAUUUCUGCAGGAGAUGCAAAAACCACACUGGCAACCUCAACAACAUCAAGGUGUCCAACAAGCACUCCGGGAACGUUAACAGCAACCACAGCUUCAGCUGGAGUUUCAACAAA